AUGGUGUGGAACCUGGGCAAGCCGGUCAUCGCGGCCGUGAAUGGCUACGCUCUGGGCGGCGCCUGCGAAUUGGUGCAGGUUUGCGAUGUGAAGAUUGCCUCUGACCGUGCCAUGCUGGGUGAGCCGGAAAUACGCCUCGGCUACGGCGCGCCUUUCCUGAUGACUCCCUACUCGGUCAAUCUCGCGAUGGCCAAAGAGAUGAUGCUUACCGGGGACAUAAUCGACGCGCACGAGGCCGCCCGCAUCGGCAUGGUCAACCGCGUGGUGCCUCAUGAUCAGUUGAUCGCGGAAUGCGAACGAGUCGCCCAGAAGAUGCGCGGGAUCUCGGCCAUCGGCAUCAAGACCACCAAGUUGUCCAUCAACCGUGCGCUUGAGUCUGCCGGUUUCAUUUCCGGGCUGCACCACAACCUGGAACUGAUGACCCAGUUCGAUACCGCUGAGACGCCCGAACAGGCUGAAUUCAGCCGCAUCCGGGCUGAGAGCGGGCUGCGGGCCGCGCUGGAAUGGAGUCGGGGCCGCUUUCCGGAUUAA